AUGUCAAGCCAUCCCCCAAGCUCACCCCCUUCCUCGGUUGUACGAUUUCCGAGCAGCCAGAGGAUUCUCGAAAAUUGGAAAUGGAAGGGAACGAUUCUUACAAUAUACAUGACUUGCAUCAUCAACGGAUUCGAUGUAAGCAACGUUGCGAAUAUCCAGCCACAGCUUUAUGUCGCCUUUGGCCACAUCGAGUAUCUUCCAUGGAUUGGGCUGUCUUACUCUCUCGCGAACUUCGCCACCCUCUCCUUUGCAGGUCGAAUACUGGAUAUCUUCGACAUACGUCACAUUUACUUGGCAAGCAUCGUGGUUUUCGCGGCCGGGGCGGCGCUAGCGGGCUCAGCAAAGACUAUUUCGGCUAUCAUCGCCGGCCGAGCGGUAAUGGGAAUAGGGGGAUCAAUAUGCCAGAACUGCCAAGGUCCAUUUCUUUACGGCCUUCUGAGCUCACUAUGGGCAGUUGGCCUUGUCGUAGGCGGACCUGUCGGGAGCGCUCUGGCUGAAAAGGUGACUUGGCGCUGGGCCUUCUACAUCAACUUGCCUUUCCUUGGCUUUGCCUUCCACCACGGUAGCCACAAUUGUUCUCUUUGCUAUUGCGGCUACUUUUUCUGGCCCCACCGUCUCAAUACAAGUUUCAAAAGCGUACCUGAUCUUCGGGUGAUCCCCAUUGAACUUAUGGGCCGGCGGAACAUCCUACCUCUUUGGAUCGUGUCAGGGUGUGCAGGUGCGACUUAUGCUGUCACACUUUAUUAUCUGCCACUGUUUUACGCUUUUUCAAAGGGCCACGGAGCGUUACAACAAACCAUUCGCAUGCUGCCUUUCAUUCUCACCUUCAUUGUCACAGUGUUGAUUGUUGGCGCUUUUCUGUCCAAGAUCAAACAGUAUGGCGUGAUCUAUGUUGUCGGCGGUGCUACGACACUGGCGUCGGGAACUGCCCUCGCCAUAAUCCUGGACUCUGAGGUCUCAGAAAGUAAGGUUAUGGGCCUCACCGCCCUAAUCGGUAUAGGACUUGGCUUCCAAUUUCAGCAUGGCAACGCGAUUUCUAACACGAUCAACAAAACUCUGCGCGAUCGAGUCGACAGUGCCGCCCUUUUGAACAUGAGCUUGAUGGGCGGUAUUUCCACUGCAUUGAUCAUGGCAGGCGCGAUCUAUGAAAAUCGCGGCAUGGCUCUGCUUCCUUCUACUCUUGAAGCGUUUCAUUACGAUGAUAAGACCAUUCGCGAGGCUCUCGCUGGCGUUUCCCCUACCGUCUGGGAGGGCGCUGAGACGAACAUAACUGCAUAUGGGGCGGAUGCGACAGCUCAAACCAUCUCUUCUCUUCUCUAUAUAAUCUCCUCAAGCGGCGCACUCUGCCUUUUCUGUGGUGCGCUAAUUCUCUGGGAUAUGAAAUUGAAAAGAGGAUACCGUGAAAAUGCCGUUGCUACAGUGUGA